AUGUCAUCCAUGCCCGCUGCCUGUAUUACUGCCCUCUGCUACCCACCCACCCUCGCUGUCUGGCCCCAUUGCGCCCCGGCGGCCUGUCUGCCUCUGCUGCCAGCAGUCUUCUGGAAUCUGCCCCAGCCAUCGCCGCCCGCCCAUUGGCUGCCACGCCCGCCGGCCCUGUCCACCCGCUGUCCUCGACCCUCUGGCGCUCCAACAAAGGGGCGCCCGCUGCUGGCUGCUGGCCGCUGGCCAUCAAAGCCUGAUGCCAUUAUUCCCGACACCACGCGCCCUCGUACGCUCUCUCACACACUGGCACCCGCGCCUGCUCGCUCGUGGCGCAACUCUAAUUCCACCCCUCUUCCUUACUACGAUGUCCAAUAUUACGUCUUACGCCCUCGCUGUUCUGCUCACGGCACUAACGUGGCUUGGGUCACAUCGCUGUCCACGUUACAUCUGAUCUCGCUGCUCCAGUCACGGCCCUGCUCCGUCAACCUGGCUGCACCAUCUCUCGCCACCACGGCCGCCAGCUGCCAGAGAGGCCCAGAGGCCCGCCCCCAGGUAUUGCCUGGGUUCCCUGCUAGACCCGUAUUGGCGAUCGGCACGCAUUUCCGCACGACGUGGCUACCCACCCAAAUGCCGCACGCUGACCCUCCCAGAUCCCUGGUCUGCAGCCUCCACCAUUGGCCGCCGCUGCACUAA